AUGCAGGACGCUGUAUCACAACUAUAUGCAAAGAUUAUAGAGUUCGCCUUGAUGGCAAUCAAGUGGUACAAGAAAGGCAAAUUGUCUCACUCGUUCACGGCUAUCAUUAAACCAUUCAGCCUGGGGUUCAAACCUAUCGUCGAGGAGAUUGCCGAGCGGUCCAAGCACGUCGAUGAGCUGGCCAGCGCAGCGGUCAAGGCUGAGAUCCGAGAUCUACACGUCAAUAUUCACAGGCAAAAUAAGACGAUACUUCAACUAACAGAGAUGGUUUCUUGGACCGGCUUGGGCAGUUAUUUGAAUCUAAAGCUAAUGCAGGUGCUCAAAGUCAUGCAGCAGCAACAAUCUCUCCACACGCAGUCUCUCCUCGCGUUGAAAGAAGAACAUAAACAAAUGUUCAGGGCCAGCCAACUUGAGGACAUCAGAACAGUCGCGCUACUGGAAAAUACAGCAGUAGCGGAUGACAGCCUGGCAUGGUGCCGAUCGAUGCGCAAUCGACGUAGACAGAAAGCGCCCACACAACUACCUCUGUCAGAAUUAUACAAACUAAAAGCCUGGACGUCUGACCCCUCAUCCUCCCUCUUACUCGCGGAAGGGCAAGGGGUGAAGACGAGUUCACUCGACUUUGCGGCUGAUUUUCUCGAUAUAGUGCUUGAGCAAGGAUACCCCGUCAUCUGGGCGUUGUCUUCUAUCGUUACUGAGGUCGAUGAUGAUAGUCUAGCACCAUCAGUCUCGGACAUCAUCCGGUCACUCAUAUCACAGGCUCUGGCAUUGGAUGAUGCUGUGGUAAGCGAAGGCGUGAAUCCUCUCACUCCCAAACACUUCAAGUCCGCUGUCAGCAUUGUCCAGUGGUUUGAUUUACUUCAGCGCUGCAUGUCAAGUUUUCAGCGGCUAUUCAUUGUUCUAGACAUGACUGCCAUCGAGUCCGCUUUAGAGCAAAGAGAGGCCGAGGAUCAGGCUUUUAGGAUGAGUGAAUUCAUCGAACGGAUCUCGCGUAUAUCACAGUCAGCCCUAGGAAGCAUCAAAGUCAUUAUUGCAUCGUGGAGGUUUAGCGCGAAAAACUCCAUAGAAGCCGAAACUAUUUGCGAGGAGAGGCAUUUGUUUACUGAUAGGGGCAGAAAAAUUGAGCGGCUCAUGAAGCAACCCAAGUUUAGAGCUAUGUCCAAGAGAAGACAUCCAAACUUUGGUCACAAAUUCAGAUCUUCGAUUACGCUAGAGGAUGCUCAUCUAGAAACGGACAGUAUUUCAACAGCUACUCAAGGAAAUCUGUACAUUCGUCUCCAAUCUUUCUCUAAUCUCGCUCGACUUCGACAUUGGUCAAAGCCGGAUGUAUCGAGCCUUCCAUCGGAUGGAGACCCAGAAGAAACCGACCGUGAUCAGAAGAAAAAUCCUCUCACCGAUUCGGACUGGAGCUCAGAUGAGGAUCUCUCAGGUUCAGACAGUGAUUCAAAUGAUAGAGAACGGAAACUAUUCAUCAGCUCGAGUAUAGCACGGGAUGAAACGAAGAGUCAAGCGAAGCAAGAAAAAGGGAUCCUAUCAAACCUCAAGAACCAAUUGCCAUUUAGGCGUAAGUCCCGUUCAAACUUGAAUCUUAUCAACAGGACACUGACAAUAUACCCAGGCCAUCAACUCAACAGCACUGGAAAUGUAAACCGCCUGCCAAUACCAAAGAGGCGUAGUUUUCCAAACGUUUCCGAGGCUAGACGACCCUCGCCUUGGAGGCCACCCCAACCACCGUAUCGGCCACUGCCUAUACCGCCUCGGGGUACGGCAACCGGCAAUUCAGCUCGCUCCACCCGCGAUCCUUCCCGUGCUCCGCCUCCUCCACCGCGUAUCAAUCCGGUUCGUUAUCCCCGUUUCAAGGCCUUAAAGAACGCGAAAUGGCGGGAGCAGCUGCAGACCCGAAGAAAGAUAUCCUCAGAAGCAUGCUCGGAGGAGCCAAAUGCGGGGAGCAUUGAGCGAAUGGGAGUCGACAGUCAUCGCCAUGGUAGUGAGAAGGACAAGGUAGCUGAUCUCCAGACCGUCAAAGAAGACAAAAGCGCCGACUGCAAAGUAGGCCUUGCCGAAACUCUCGCCUCGGUGACAGAAAAUCAACUCGGUAUUGAUCUCCUGGAUCAAAGCAAGGAGGUAUCUACCUUCAUCUCCUACCUUCUCGACACGAUUCAACUCUUAGAGAGGCAAGCACGAUACCGUCAUGCUCUCAGCCCCGUUAGUGUCUCAGCAUCUAGCAGUGAUUCUGGCAGUAACUCGCGAGAAGAAGAAGCAGCCGGCAGCCAAAAUCCCGGGUUUCAAGUUGUUCAUCGAAUCUUCUGUACAGCAGAAGAGCACGAACAUGACGAAAAACUAUACGAGGAUGAACCAGUGACCAAAAAGGACAUAUCUUCUGGUCGUAUGCAGCCGCUGAAAGCUGAAGACCAGAUCUUUCAUCUUGAUACAUGGUUGAGCAUGCGGCCGUCUCUCUGCUUCCUUGUUAUCAAGGAGCACCGCUGCCUCCAAGGUCAAAGAGAAGAGGGCUGGAGGCACAGAAAUACAACCUACCCGGGUGGACCUUCAGAGAGGCUAGAGAGACUCAAAAUUGUGUCACCAGCCCUCCAAAAAGCAUUGAAGCAAGUUGCGGAGUUUCAAAUCUUCCAUGAAAGUGAAUAUGACGAGGCCAAUGCAGAAAUGGAGGCUCCAUAUCUAUUCUUGUUCCAUCAUCGAAAGAAGUUAUCAGCACUAGCUGAAGUCGGAAUACAUCAGGAGGUGGUUUCACCUCUGACGAAGUUUCUCAAGGACAGCUACGAGGCUGAAUAUACUGAGGCCGAGGAGAUGUUUCUCCAGGGGCACGUCAACGCUUACCAUAUCAACAAGUUAUUCAAACCGAAUCAAAUGCUUCUUCUCAAACAAAAAGGCGAGCCCCAAGUAGGCUUCGUUUUGAGCAAAUAUACCCUACACAGACGAAAAGAUAUUGUCCUCGAGGGCUGGAGAUGGAAAUACGACGGUAACAACUUACAUCGGGUUGCAGAAUCUGGGCGGAUUAGUAUGGUCACCGAGGAGAAGACGAAUAUUCGCGAUCUCGACAUUCAUCCGAUUGAGUUCGCCAGACAAGAAGACGUCAAAAUAUUGACUGAAAGAGGAAAUCAGUUCUGGAGUAUGAGAGGUCAUGUGUAUACCUGCUACACGGGAUGGGAUCGGGAGUCGAGAUAUCGAUACGCAUCUGCAAGGUUCAUGGUGGACGCGGCAACGUAUGAAAUCAUGUAUGGCCAGAAUUCCUCCUCGUCAUCUGCUCCAAGCAGGUACGAUCCGUGGCCUAUGAAAAUCAACCGGCGAGAAAGUUUGCCGCAAAAAGCUGAAAUGCUACUGCCAGCUACGUUGUUUGGCUUCUAUCUUAAAGAAAAGAAAUGGGUCGAGCUGUAUGUCGAUAAGACACAUGCAGUAGAUUGGAACUACAGGGCAUUUGACCGCCUCGUCUUGGAUAUCAAGACCAAGGAAAUGAUUCGAGCACUUGUCGAUAUUCAGACUUCGGCAAAGAAGAUGGAUGACAUCAUUGCUGGGAAAGGCAAUGGUCUGAUCAUACUUCUUCAUGGAAGUCCAGGGACUGGGAAGACAUUGACUGCGGAGAGUGUCGCUGAAAUCGCAGAAAAGCCGUUGUAUCGAGUCACCUGCGGGGAUAUUGGCACCGAUGCGCGUGAUGUGGAAAGUUACCUUGAGACAGUGAUGUACCUGGGGAAAACUUGGGAUUGCGUUCUCUUGCUGGACGAAGCAGACGUUUUCUUAGAGGAGAGAACUAUGGCAGACUUACAGCGGAACAGCCUUGUAUCAGUGUUUCUACGGCUCCUUGAGUACUAUGAAGGCAUUCUCAUCUUGACGUCCAAUCGAGUCGGAACCUUUGACGAGGCAUUCAAAUCUCGUAUCCAGGUGGCAAUUCACUACGACAACCUGACCAAGAUGUCACGCAAAGCCAUCUGGCAAAACUUCUUCGACAUGAUUGAGGAGUCAGCGGAGGAAGAUGCCAACAUGCCAGAACUAGAAAGAAGACUCGACCAGUUGGCAUCAGAAGAGAUGAACGGCAGACAAAUCAGGAAUGCGCUACUGACGGCGCGACAACUUGCGAAGCAUCGCAAGGAACGAUUGGACUGGGAGCACCUUAGCCAAGUUAUCAAGACUUCUGCUGCUUUCAACAAGUAUCUGAAGACAGUUCGCGGGCAUACCGAUGAGCAAUGGGCAAGGGGAGAAUCGCUGCGUUAA